AACUUGUGUGUGUUAGUGUUAGAUAGUUCCAGACCCCUGCACCAGCUGACUUCUCCCUGAGCUUGUUUGCUUGUUGAAGUGAAGGUCGAAUCCCAACAUGAGGGUGUGGAUCGUCUUCCUUUUGUGCCUGGCUGGAAAAGCAUUGGCUGCCCCAGUCGAGGAGGAGCCAAUCAUUGAGGAGCAGGUGGAAGUGGGAUCCAACCCAGUUCAAGUGGAGACUGGAGAGUUUGACGAAGCCAUUGAGGUUGUUGAGGAUGUUGCUUCGGACAAUCCUUGCCAGAACCACGUCUGCAAGAAGGGCAAAGUUUGUGAGCUGGAUGACAACAACGAGCCCAUGUGUGUGUGCCAGGACCCCAUGGCCUGCCCCGCCCCAGCCGGAGAGUUUGAGCAUGUCUGCGGCACCGACAACAAGACCUAUGACUCCUCCUGCCACUUCUUCGCCACCAAGUGUGCUCUAGAGGGCACCAAGAAGGGCCACAAGCUGCACCUGGACUACAUCGGACCCUGCAAAUACAUCGCCCCCUGCCUGGAUAACGAGCUGAAUGAGUUCCCCCUGCGUAUGAGGGAUUGGUUGAAGAACGUCCUGGUCACUCUGUAUGAGCGUGAUGAGGACAACAACAUGCUUAAUGAGAAGCAGAAGCUCAGGGUGAAGAAGAUCUACGAGAAUGAGAAGCGUCUGCAGGCCGGUGACCACUCUCUGGAUCUGCUCACUCUGGACUUCGAAAAGAACUACAACAUGUACAUCUUCCCCGUGCACUGGCAGUUCGGCCAGCUCGACCAGCACCCCUCUGAUGGCUUCCUGUCCCACACUGAGCUGUCCCCUCUGCGUGCCCCUCUCAUUCCCAUGGAGCACUGCACCACCAACUUCUUCGAACAGUGCGAUGCUGACCAGGAUAAGUACAUCGCCCUAGAGGAGUGGGCCGCCUGCUUUGGCAUUAAAGAACAGGACACCGACAAGGACCUUAUCAUCUAAAUGACGGCCACCAUUAAUGCUUCCUAGUUAGCCUGCCGUUGGGAAGAGGUGCUAACAUCAUGUUAAUGGUGCGAUGGUGCUAAUUACCAAUUAUGUAUAUGUAUACCACUAAAAUUUAAAAAAUGUGUAAAAAAAAGUUAAUGCACAGUCCAGACUAACAAUCACAGCAAUAAUUACUUCCCAGUUUUUAACUAUUUUAAAUGGCAUUGUUUUUUAAACCAGAGUAGGUGGACCGAUAGACAUUUCGAAUGUCUUAGCAGUGUGAUGGAAAGACACGAUGGACUUUGGAAGUUGAAAGGCUGUUUUUUAAAAUGGAUGCAAAGAGUUAAAUAUUUUUCAAAAAACAGGGCUUGUAUUUAAUGUUAAUUUGGAGAUGCUGAGGUGUACAAAGAAAAACAAAAUAAAUUUUUCAAAUAAA